CACCCACGGAUGCGGCUUUGACGCUCCACAGACGGGUCGCUGCUGAUAUGAGAACAUCCAGAGACGAUGUACAGGUUCAUUAGGAUGGCCGGUUGUGCGCCUCACACUUGUGGAUUAUUCCUGGAUUACAGCAGAAAGACUUCUUUACUCCUGUGGGACUAGGCGCAGUGUUGUGGGUGACCGUCUCCUCUGUGAACACCCUGCAGGUUUUAAUCCUUCGACACACUUUGCUGAGAUGAAUUCGUUGUACAUCGUGAUUGAAGUAGUCAUUGCUGUUCUCUCCAUAUCCGGCAACGUACUGGUUUGCUGGGCUGUCGCGAUCAACACCACUUUGAAGAACGCCACCAACUACUUUCUGGUGUCUCUGGCUGUGGCUGACAUCCUGGUCGGUUGCCUCGCCAUCCCCUUCGCCAUAACCAUCAGCAUCGGCAUACAGCUGGACUUCUAUGGGUGCCUCUUUCUGGCAUGUUUCGUCUUGGUACUGACACAAAGCUCCAUCUUCAGUCUCCUUGCUAUCGCAAUUGAUAGAUAUCUGGCCGUCAAAAUUCCUCUGAGGUACAAGGAGUUGAUGACGGGUAAGACCGCCAGAGAGAUCAUCGCUAUUUUAUGGAUCCUCUCCUUCGUCAUUGGCCUCAUCCCCUUCUUUGGCUGGAACUUGAAGUACCCAAAGUGCAGGAACGGCAGCUCCGGUGCAGACAACACUACAAGCGCUGGCCUCGUGGAGGGGCUGAGGGGUGGAGGAGACUUACUACGGAGCUGCGAGCUCCAGUGCUUCUUUGAGAGCGUGGUGGACAUGCAGUACAUGGUCUACUUUAAUUUCUUUGUCUGCGUGCUGCCGCCGCUGCUCAUCAUGCUGGGCAUCUACCUGAAGAUCUUCACCGUGGCCAGGAAGCAGCUGAGACAGAUCGAGCUCAAGUGCGUGGGCAACGGGGACAGCCAUCACCACGGGCUGCUGCAGAAGGAGAUCCGGGCCGCCAAAUCCCUCUCCAUCAUCGUGGGGCUGUUCGCCAUCUGCUGGCUGCCCGUCCACAUCCUCAACUGCCUCACGCUGUUUUACAGGGAGCUGAAGAAGCCGGCAGUUGUCAUGUACGUGGCCAUCAUUCUGUCUCACGCCAACUCUGCGGUCAACCCUAUCAUCUACGCCUACCGCAUCCAGGACUUCAGGAACACCUUCCGCAAGAUCCUGGCCCAACACUUCCUGUGCCGCAGGGAGGAGCUGUACCUGAGCUCCAACGGCAGCAGACGCAACAGAGACCAGAUCCACAUGACCAUCGACCCUCUGCUAUAGAGUCACGACAGAGGGGGAGUAUUAUCUGUGUCAGCUCUGUUGUUCCACUCUUGAAUUUUAUUUUCACUGAAGUUUCUAAUGUUUACAGAACAAGGGUGUGAUAUGUGAAGAUGAACUGAUGUCAGACGCGCCUUGACAUUAUGGACAUUUAUUUAUGAAUUGUGCCGAGGAUCAGGGGGCAAGCAGUUUAAUGCUGACGGGCGAGUCUUACAUAACUUUUGUAUUGUGAAGGAUGUUUGAUGUUAAAAAAAAAUAUGUUGAAUCUAACUGGAUUUGCAGGACUGUGAACAGGAUCCAAACUUUGCUACAUUCUAAGAUACUAUUUAUCAUUCUGAAUCCACCCAAUCACAACUCCAAACACUCCUUUUUAUGCCCUGCUGUUUUAUAUUGUUGACAUUCGGUGCCAGUGUUCAUUUAUUUAUUGCAAGAGCUUAACUUUGAGAAUGUAAAGAUCAAAAAACUGUGUGUGGCUAGAUCUGUACUUGUGGACCUAGAAAGGUACAAUAGUAGUAGUCAAUACAUUCAUGGUUAUUUUUGGCUUGUGACCCUUUAAAAUGAACUCAUGCUCAUGACCAUCACAGGUCAAUAUAUAGAAAGAAGUGCAGGUUUUCUUUAUCAGUACCUUUGUAAAACAGAAAUGUUCUUGAGCUGCUGUUUUUAAUCAAAGUUCCAGUGUUUGCAGGUGUUGCUGUUGCUGCACGAGUGAAUCCUCCACAGUCAAUGUGUGUACAGGCGGAGGGACACAGUAGUGUAACAACAGGGGCUCUCAUUCCAUUUAGCAAACUAUAUUAGAAGAAAAAGAGGGGGGAAUGCAAACAUAAACAAGAAAACAUAAAUGCUUUUCCUACCUAUGAAUCAUCCCUCAUAGCCUCAGGGGUCACAAAAUUAUCUUGUGACCCCCGUGGCAGAAAGGGUUUUUGUAGCCAGUAGAUGAACAGCAUGAUUUGAUUCACUCAAGCAGACCCGAGCAUAAAUAGUUUAGUAAAACACACCUGCGGUGGUGCUCCAUAUCAUGUCAGUGUUAACAAGACAAAAGCUCAGGAAGUGGGAAACUGAUUGUACCCCAUAGAAGUAUGGCAUCUCCGCCGAGCAUUUUCAGCUGCUUUGUUUUGAACCAAGCGACGGCGUACUGUAAGCAGACAAGCCGCUGUCAAAUCUGAUGCUUCAAAUCGAUGCAAUUUAUAUCCCUCGUCAUCCACGCUUCUGGUGCACGUGUGUUUAGGGGCUUACGUAACAUAGAGCGACACUGCUUUGAUUCAGCUGGGUGUAUAUGAAUGUCAUUUGCCUCAGGAGUCCAGCUGACAUCCAUCUCCCCUCAGACAGUCUCAGCUGGGCUCUCAUCUGCCCUGUUAGCGCAGUCAGCCCUCCAUAAACAGUCACUGUCAGCUGAGCAGCUUCAUUUGAAAAAACAACAGUUUUAAGGGUGAAACCCCUGAAACAUGUUGCAUUGAUGAUUUUUUCAUUUUAAUCAAACACCUAACGAGCCAACACUCCUUACUGAACCCACAAUAAUUUAGAGUGAAGCAGGUAACACUGAUGAAAUGUUCUCUAGAGGCAAAUUCUCACUUCUUUGCACUCUGUGAUGCAGCAUCAGAGAGAGAGGCAACUGUUCUGCAGGCGUGUGAUGGUUAGCUUUGCGGUGCAUGUUCCUGCUGAGCUCUGAAAACCGAAGACCGGGCCGAGAGCCUAUGAGUCGCAAAAAAAGGUCCGGGUGUUUCGCAGCGUUUUGUUUGGAGUGUCGUAAUUUAUGUGAAAAAAAACGAGGGUGACUCUGGUCACCCGAGAGCCAUCACUACACAAAUGAAAACACAUUGCACUGACAUUUUAGGUUUUCUCCCGUUUUGGUGUGCUUCACCGGUGGUGUUGAACCAUGUGUUGUUGGUGUUUAACUGGUUCUAAAGUUGAGCACUUGCCUCCACUGCUUCGACUAUCUCCCCCCAUGUGUCCAGUGUUCCACCUCUGACUAACUUCAAGGGCUAAAAUACAGGAGUGUGCCAAAGUUUUAGUACAUUCCAGUGGAGACAUACUGUAACUGCACUGUAACGUUGUAUUAUUGUCUUUGUUGACUGAUGUGUAAAAAAGUACUGUAGGUGUCCGGCUUUCUACGAGCUAUUGAUUGAUGUCAAACUGUUGCCUUCUUUUACAAUUUUAAAGGUAAGACAGACAGACUGAUUAAGUUGAUCUAGUUCAACAUUCCUGCCUUUCAUUCCGAAGUACCUGUCUUUCAGUGUGCUAUAGUGUUGUUACUAAUCAGGAAAAGAAAACAUCCACUGUGGUCACGCUGAUGUUCAACCUUUCCAGAGGCCAUUCUUUCUUUCAUUCAACAAAACUACAAGUGCGAUACUGCUAUUUAACAUGAUGCAAUCUGUAUGUAUGGUGAAUUAUUUUGUUAAUAAAGGCAAUGUUUAUA